AGACCCAGCAAUCAGUAUUUUCCAGUUCAGUAUUGUCAAAACUUCUAAUACUAUUUCUGGCUUAACAUGUACAAAAUUGUGAUUCCCCAUAGCUAACCGCUUUCGGUGGUGAUAAAAGGGUUAAAAUCCUAGUGUGUUUCGAGGAUGUUCUGCGCAGAGAGCUGUGAGCAUGGCUGCAAUGGCUGCAAUGCAACAUCCUCGGGAAAUGUGAUCGCCCCUGGAAAUGGAUCGGCACAGGCACAGUCGGUCACAGUCACUCCGCAGCAGCAGUUCAACAUGUGCUAUGCUCCACUGCGAUGCAGUUCGACCAACGAUUUGGGCAGCAAGUCCGAGGUGGAGCCACCGCGGGUGGGAAUGUGCCUGGUCACCGAAUGCCCGGAGGGUCUGAGCAUUGACUGCAACGUGCCCCUGCCCAGCUCCUUUAAUUUGGAUGAGUACAAUAAACCGAUGAUCUGCUCCUGCUGUUCACAGUGCAAUGGGGGAUGCUUGGAUACCUACCGCUCGGCACAAGCGGUGACGACCUGUCCAAAUCCCAUUACCAAUUCCAAUCCAAAUCCCAUCCAGACGCCGCCUGCUAGCAGUUUUCAGUGCCAGUGCAGUCCUUUCGCAGGAGCUUGCCCUGGCCACGAUGCGCAGUCCGCUCCCAAGGCUCAAGUAUGUCCUUUGCCGAAACCACCAGGGACUAAUCGACCGGAACAAGGAAUGGCAAUGGCUCAAACGAUUUCAGCACCUGCUGCAAUGCCGCAGAUCUUCUGCCUUACAGGACCCACUUCGGAAGGCAGCAUCCACCAGCCGGAUCAGCAGCCCGUUUACUUUUGCAGCCUGAUGCCAGUGGUGGUUCCGAUGGCUCCAUCGCAGCAGCCGCCGCAGCAGCAGCUGAUGACGAGUCCUGCCCAGGACUCGCAGUUGCCGCCGCAGCAGCUGGUGCGGUACGACCUGCCCUAUUCCCAGUCCAGAUCCUGUUGCGAGUUCCAGCUUCAGACGCCCCUUUCCUUCCAGCUCUUUGCGCCCAUGGUUAGGUUUUGCGAACCGCCAAAUCCAAGUCCUGUGAAGGGGGCGCAUCUACCCGGUUCACUGGCAACUCCAUCGCCACCAGUAGCAACAUCUUCCUCCUCCGUCAGAUUGCCAAGAGCCCGUUCGGUCAGCCCGAAACGUAGCCGAUCCUGCCUCCGGAGUAAGGAUCUGUGGGCCAGUGGUGGCCCCACCGUCAGCGCCGCCCCCAGCCACGCCCCCUACCCCUCGCCCGCCCAGCAUGGAGCGGGGAAUGUGUGCAUGAAGUGCGGCAACUGCUGGCACUGCCCGCGCUGCAACUGCUCAAACUGCUUCUGGCAUCCGGGUUUGGGGAGAGCGCCCCCCAGAGACACUAGAUAGGAACAACAUAUAGGUUAUUUAUGGGUACGAAUUAUAUUUUCAGUCCAAUUUUAUUAAAACUAUAUGAACUAGUUGCUUUAAUUCCAA